UCUUCCACAUGGCCUCCAACGAGGCAGAAACAGGAGCGUGUGUUUGAGCCCGAGCAGCCUGAGAGUGUAAGAAGAACGAGGAGAGGCCAAACGCCGUGUUAUAUGCGCAACUCGCACUUUAAUAAUCACGUGAGAUGGGUAAAAGUAAAACCACUAAAUUUAAACGUCCGCACUUCAACUCAGUCGGGCUGCCGGUGACUGCGGUGAAGGAAGCAGACGGUGACGAGGAAGAGCAUGGUGACGAUAGCUGUCCGGCUGCGGAGUUCCUGGAGAAAUUGCAGAGUCCCAGCGCUGAUGUGCGAGAGUUUGCAUGUGCCAGUAUUUCUCGGGUGGUGCAGCAGAGUCAAACCAUCCCAGGUUUCCUCCAGAGGGAUGCUGUUAGGCGCCUGGGGCCCAUGCUGCUGGACCGCAGCCUGGCUGUCAGAGAGACUGCCACUGGGGCGCUCAGGAAUCUGAGUGUAUGUGGAGGUCAGGAGGUGUGUGAGGACAUGGUGAAGCACGACGUCAUGACUCCUUUGACAGCACUGCUUAGAGAGUGCUGUGCUAGUUUUGAAAGUGCUGUGGUGUCGAUGAAAGACCAGAAUAAUGCAGUGGAGGAUGUAGCCAACGAAGCUGUAAACUUACUGUGGAAUCUAUGUGAGAGCAGCAGCCAGGCGCUGUUUGUGUUUAACAAAUCGGGUCUCUUGGAUGUGGUUGUCCAGUGUCUGGAGAAACACCCACACAACACUGAACUAGCCAUAUCUGCUGCCCACUGCUUGCACACUGUGACUGAGGAUAACCCAGAGCUGCUCUGUAGUAUGAACGCUGCUGUGCUCGGAGCCCUGGAGAAUGUGCUGCUGUCAUCUCAGCAAGGCGUGACACAAACCCUCCUCAGGACACUGGCUGCAGGGACGCUGUGGAAUAUGAAGGGAAGUCUGCCUGCUGCCCGUCAGGCCGAGACCCUCAACGCUGUGGUGGCUACCUUAUCGCAGUGCUUGGAUUUGGACGCAGGUAUGCUGAUACCUGAACUCAGACAAGCAGAGGAGCUUCGUCACAAAAAUGCCCCGGCUGUGUCUGACGCUCCAGAAGAGUUUGCUGAGGAGGAGAUGAUCGAAGAGGAAGAAGCACCUAAACAGAAGAGGAAUGGAAAAGCUGUGAAAGUUGAUAAUGACUUCUCUGACCUCCUGCCUAGGGGUAAGGAGGAGCUGAGGGAGGCAACGGCCUUGCUGACAGCCCAGCAAACGUCCUUGGAGAUCAUCGUCAACAUGUGCUGUUCUGAUGACCCUUCUGAUGAUGAGUGGGAGGAGGAAUCGAGCAGUGAUGAAAGCGACAUGGGUCCUGAUGGCCUUUGUGAUGGAGUGUCCAAUCUGAUGUCUCCAUUGUGCUUGUCAGCUGAAGUUCAAGGGGCUUUAAUCAACCACAGCAUACCACAAAAGGUUCUCAAGAAGACAGAGUUCCCUAAAAAGGAGGCUGUGGAUUUGUGCCAUGAGAAUCCCUCCUGGAGAGGCCUGAUAAAAAAGAUGCAGCGUGUUCAAUCCCGGGCACUGACGUGCCUCCAUAGCAUCCUCUCCACCAUGGAUGCAGAGUCUCUGGGUGGUGCGACAGCCCUGCAGGGAGCAGCCCAGCACCUCUCCUCGCUGGUCUUUGGAGCUGCAGAGAUUCCCAAAGAUGAGGAGUUCCUAGAGGCCGUCAUCAGCGCCAUGCGGUCUCUUUUGCAGAUAAUCGCCUCCAAAAAUAUCCCCCAGUGUAUGACCCCCCAGCAGCUGAUGAGCUUGAGCGAAGCAGCCACCCGCUGUGAUGUUGUCAGCGUGAGGGUCAACGCCGUCGCCAUUCUUGGCAUCACUGGCAGCACAUUAGCCAAAGAGAAGGGCACUGCAGAAACCCUCCAGAUGAUCGGAAACGCUUUGCUUCAAGUUGCCACAAGGGAUACUGACCUGGUUGUAAAUGGAGAAGCCCUUGAUGCUUUGUUUGACGUGUUUGCGGAUGGAGAGGAGGCAGAGACGGCUGCGAAAAACAUCAGUUUGCUGUCUGCACUGAAGGCACUUCAGCCAGUCUUCAAGGACAAGAUUCGCAAAAAAGGAAAAGGCAAAUACAGCCCUCAGCAGCUGUGUGUGCUGGAUAACAUCAGAGUGAACCUGAGAAGAUUUAUUGGUUAUCUGGAGAAGGUGGUGAAAAAAUAAGGACUUUGUGUGGCUAUUAAAACCUCUGUGGUUUGGACAAAUAUGCCGGCAGGAGCAUAGAAUGAGACAGAAUAUGGUUGUGCAACCAUCGAGUAUUUAUGUUUAUAUUCUCUAAAUAAUGGUUUACUGUUUUAGUAAUGUGCAUUUGUUGUGGAGAGUGAAGGGUGGAGUCUAAUAACUGUUACGGUAUGUUGCAGUUAGCCCCCCUCCCCACACCUAAAGGAUUUUCAGACUUGUGUUUGUGUAUUCAUGUCUCACCGAAACAUUUUAAGAGAUCAGGUGUGGGAUCAGCUUUUUUUCUUGGGUAUCCUUCAUUUAGCCAGAUAUUUACAUAGUGGGCCUAACAGUUGUGUUUGCAGUGCUGCUACAAGAAGGCUGAUCUCUUGUAAGUAUCUGAAUAGUUAUAAGAAGGAUCAUAGUGAUGGCAUUUGCUUUCUGGAUAUAGAUUGUAUGUUGGAAUUAUGGUUUUCCGAUGAACACACUGGCCUGCCUACACAUUUUUUUUUCAGUUAUUGAAGUUUGGUGGUAGAUUUUUUUUAAAUCUGUCAGUAACACUAUAAUGCAUCUGACUAAAUAAAUGAGAAAACAAUAUUUUUUUCAUUAAAAGAGGUCAAGGGUCAAUCAGCAUCCAGGAUUGCUGCUAUGUCCCUCGUAGCCUAUUCUGCAGCUGAGCAGAUCUGAACUAUGUAAAUCCCAGAAUUGUCUGUUUUGAGCCUUAUCCGGGGAUCAGCAUGGUUUACAUGACAAAAAUAUUCAGCUUUUCUUGUCAGGGUUUCUUAGACAUUUUCAGCAAAAUACCCAUGAAAUUGCUUAUUUGUUUUUGUAAAAAAUUAAAUGAAUGUCACUAGACUGUGAAGGACUACCCAUUUUGAAAU